CCCUAGCAUCAUAGUCGUCCCUCCAAAAACCCUAAUCGCUCCUCUCUCUUCUGGCGAUGGUGGGAUGGCGAAUCCCAGCCAUUAGAGAAGCUCCUGGUCAACCCUUCCUGGAUUCCGUGCUUGAUUUCGAUCCCGUGGUUGAGUGGCUUGUUGAUCCUGAUCUCUCUCCGAUGUCAAUCUCUAAUGCUAGAGACGCCAAAAUUGAGCCAAAAGAAGAUGAUGUUCCUGCUCUACAUGAAUCCAGAGUCGAGGAGUCUGAGCUUCCAAAAGAAGAUGAUGUUCCCGCUGUGCAUGAAUCCAGAGCCGAUGAGUCCGAGAUUUUAGGUUCUCCAAUCGAUGAGAAAAUGGAUAAGGUUUCUCUUAAUCCAGUGAUCAAUGGCGGCAGUGAAUCUGUGGCUAGCCCUGAUGAGAAAAUCAAGAAAAUGGAGCAUUUUGAGGAUGUUCUCGGUAGUGAACAAGCGAAUGGCACACAAGGAGUGGGUUUGGUUUCUAAGGGGGAAGAGGAGGAAGUUGGCAGUGAGUCUGAGAGUGAUGAAGAGUCUUCGAGUGAGGAGUCUUCUAGUUCUUCUAGUGGUGAAGAAGAGGAUGAUGAUGGAGGUGAUGAGGUGGAAGAAGCGGAAGAAGGUGAGAUUAUGGAGGAUGUGAUUGUUUCAAGUGACGAGGAAGGGAUUGUCAUGAAAGGGCCUAUUAAAUCAAAGAAUGAGAUUGAGGAUCUUCCUCCAGUUCCUCCUGUUGAUGUGUGCUUGGAACCACAUCAUCAGACUUUGCCGGUUGGAGUGAUUUCAUCUAUAAUUGGGAGCAGAGUCAUUGUAGAAGGUUCAGAGAAGCACAAUCCUCUUAGUGAGGGUUCUAUCCUCUGGAUUACUGAAACCAGGUCUCCUUUGGGUGUGGUUGAUGAAAUAUUUGGACCUGUUAAAAAUCCUUACUAUAUUGUGAGGUACAAUUCUGAUACAGAAAUCGCUGAUGGAGUGAAGGAAGGCAUGAGUGUCUCAUUUGUUCUGGAGUUUGCAAAUCAUGUUCUCAAUGAUAAGGACAUCUACAAGAAAGGGUAUGAUGCAUCAGGUGAGAAUGACGAGGAGAUGACAGAUGAGGUGGAAUUCUCUGAUGAUGAGAAGGAAGCUGAAUACAGGAGAUCUCUUCGGCAGGCAAAAAGAGCAACUGGACACAGUAUGCAUAGCAAUAGGGAAUGUGGUGUGAAUAAGAAAAGAAAUGAUCGGAAAGUUGCCGGAACUAAGAAAAAUGCAAGAGCUCCUAAUCUUCAUGCUCGUGCUGCUACAGACCAAUCAUUGCCUUUUGGUCCUGGAACUCAUGCAUCAUCAGGUACAAGUAGUGAUGGUAAUCCAGCUUUCUCUUCUGGAGGCGGUGCUUUCCCUAUGCCACCAACAAUUCUUCCAGCUGAGCGAACAGGCGCUUGUCUAAAUCAUCCUCUUGAUCAGUCAUUGCAGCAUCCACCGAACUCUGUUUGGGCACAUUCAUUACCUCCUCCUCCUCCUCCGCAGCAGCAGUUAAAUGCUUCUGGGCCAGGAAUGCUAUUACAGCAACAACCAAAUGUCUGGCCAAAUGACAUGCUGCCGCAGCAGCAGCUUGGUGCUUGGGCACUUGGAGUGCUGCUGCAACAGCAGCAGCAACAACAACAACAACAGAAUGCAUUGGCACAGGGAUUCUCACCUCUGCACCAGCUUAUUGGUUUACAAGGAGGACUUGGUGGUGCUUCAUAUCCACAUCCUCAGAACCCGGCCUUGAACACUUAUUCAAAUGCAAUGGCUUCUCAACGGCCGUUCCUACCUCAGUCUAGCCCCCCGCUUGGUGGACCAUGGAAUGGAGGAGGACUGUUAAAUCUCCCUGUUAAUCCUAUGGUGACAAGGCCCUUUGGUCAGACUGGCUUUGGUCUGGCACAAAUUGGACCUAGCAAUGCUCAAGACCCUAGGGUUUUUGAGGGACAGAAUCCAGCAGCCAUUCGACAAGCAGGGCAACAGCCCCAGCCCUUCUCGCCUGGAAGGUCAUCUCCUCAUGGAAGGAGGCCACACGGCAGAGGAGGUCGUCAUUCCUUUGGUAGAGGCAAUCGGGCACGGGGCAGGUAGGAUAAGAUGUAUCUACUAGUUCUGGGUAAAUUUUGUGUAUGUUGGGAACUUGUUCUUUAAAGACUGUUUCAUUAAAAAAAAAAAAA